UGUUCCUGAGUGAGGAUAUCUGUAAGUCAUGUAGCUUGACAAUGACAGCAGACUUUAGCAGUCCUUUCUUUGGGUUUCGGGCGCGGUUACCGGCAUGUGGAUUGGCCAGCUGACUGUAGUGCUUUUGUCAUGAGUAGCCACUUGCACUCUGCAAGGAAUCUGGACAAGAGUGUGCCAUCCCCGCUACGAAGUGGCUCUGUCGGCGGUAAACAUGGCGCGCAGGCCAGCCAGGGCAGGUCGCCGUCGACACCGCGAGCCAGUGCGGCCACGUCGCGCACUCCCCUGCGCCUCUCCAGGCCCACGCUCGGCACCACUGCCACCGCCAGUCCCGGUGCUGGCCAGUCACCGUCUCCACGGCGUAACCACACGCCGUCGCCGCGUCGUCACGUCAACAAUGGCGACGGCGGCGACGACACCAGGGAGAGGCCGGUGACGGCGCGCUACAUCACGGUGGACAUGCUGCGCAAGGCAUGCAGGGAGCCCGACGCCAACCUGGCGCUCAUCACCAGCAUCAAUCUGACGUUCUCGCCGCAGGAGCACAUGAAAAUCAAGUACAUUGAAAACCUGGAAGGGCUGCGCAGCCUGCGCUCGCUCAACCUGUCCGGAAACGCCAUCGAGAAGCUGGAGAAGUUGCACUCGCUCACCUCGCUGGUGGAGCUGCGUCUUGCCGGCAAUCAGAUCUCCCGCAUCGAGGGUCUGGACACACUGGCCAACUUGGCCAUGCUGGACGUGUCCGACAACCGCAUAGCGCGCCUCCCGUCGGCUGACGCCUUGCGCAAGCUGGUGCGCCUGCGAGAUCUGCGUCUGGCCGGCAAUCGCCUGAACACUCUGCAUGACAUCAGCCGACUGAAGGCCUGCACUACGCUCACCAAUCUCACACUCACUGGUAACCCGCUGACUGACAUCUCGCACUGGUGGCUGUUCGCAGUCUAUCACCUGCGUACGCUGGAGACGCUCGAUGAGCGGACCGUCGCCGAAGAGGACCACAAGCACGCCAAGGAGAGGUUCUCAGUCGAGGAGGUCAACUAUCUGGAGGAAGAGCUCGCCAAACAGGAUGAGUACAUCACCUUGCUGGAAGGCGAGCUUGAGGCUACCAGCGAGCAGUGUCAAGAGCGGCAGCAGCAGCUGGAGGCCGAGCGCUCUCAGCGCUCCGUCCUGCAGCGCACUGUCACGGACCUUGAGCAGGAGCUGAGUGCCAAAGGAGAACUGCUUAGCACCAAGUCAGCCGAGCUGGCUAGAUCAUGCCGGAAACACUACGAGUUAGAGCAGGAGCUAGCCUUCAGCAAACUUGACACCAAGUUCGACCCGCACACUUGGACGCGGCGACUUGAUGGUGAUUCUGAUGAAGAGCUGGAGAGCCCCUACCUGGGCCGCGCGCGCUUCAAGCCCAGCUCGUAUGCCGGCGAGCAGAGCCUGCAUGCGCCUCCACAGGUGGCCAAGCUGCACGUGGUGACGCCUCAUUCACCGGUACGCGACACCCGCUCAGCCACACCGCCCACCGUGCCGGCAAGCCCACAGCGCGCUCACAUCUCCGCUCUCGAAACCAACGGCGGUGGCGACUCGGCCGCUCUGCAGGCAGCUCUGCAGCAGCGCAAUGCCGAGUACCAGAACGUUGUGGACCUUGCCAAGAAACUCGGCGCUGAGCUGAAAGGCACCCAGGCUGAGCUGAAAGGCACCCAGGCUGAGCUGGCCAACACUAAACAAGAACUGGCCAGUGUUCACCUUGAGCUGAACGGCACACGGCAGGAGAGCCUCGGUGCUCAACAAGAGCUGGCUGAACUCAAGCAGCAUCAGAACGAGCGAGAUGACGAGGACCAGCUGCAUGCAAGGCAGCAAUUGGCUCUUGACGAUGAACAUCGGCACUCGUUGUCUGAGCUUCACGGUGACAACCAGGCUUUGCGACACACUUUGGACGAAGCACACAAUCAGCUGCAACAGCUGGACGCACUGCGUGUGCAGUACGAGCGACAGAUUCACGAGCUGCGGGAUGAACUGGCAGCCAAGUCAGAGCAAGUGGAUGGCCUGGAGACAUCCUUCUCCUCGCUUCGUCAGCCACACACACUGGAUGGCAGCUUACUUCUGCGCCUCGGUCGCCUGGUUGGCUCGUUGGAGCAGGAGACCCGGCACCCUGGUCCUUCCACCGAUUUGAGUCAUAGCGAGGAGUCGCCACGAGCCCGUCAUGUUUCCAGUGCCCUGGCUGAGUUCAUGCAGUCCAAUCCACCGCGCAGCCCUCAUCGUGAUGUCGCUGACGAUUUGGCCACCGUCACCCAGUUGACGGAGAAGCCCACGGCGGAGCUCGGUCAUCGACUGACCAAGCUGAUGGAGUCACUGGCUGAGGAAGCUGAGCUGGCACAGCGCCGUCAUGCUCAGGCUGCAAACGAUUGUGAGAGACUGAAUCAGGAGCUAGCGGCUGCGAACAGGCAAGAUGCCAACCAUCAAUCCGCAGCCAACGCCGAGCUUGAUCAGGUGCGGCGAGAAGUUGCCGAGCUUCAGGCACUCGUGACUGCGGAGCAGCAGCGAAGCAAUCAACAGGUUCACGUCGCCACUGCAACAGCACAGGGCCUGCAGCAGACCUUGGACCAGGAGAGGGCCAGGGCCAUGGAGCAGAGAGACUCGCUGUCCGAUCUGCACGGCGACAACCAGGCUCUGCGGCACACGCUGGACGAAGCGCACAAUCAGCUGCAGCAGCUGGACGCGCUGCGCGUGCAGUACGAGCGCCAGAUCCAGGCACUUCAGGAUGCACUGGCUGCCAAGUCACAGCAGGCGGACGGCCUGGAGGCGUCGGUUUCCUCGUUGCGUCAGCCGCACGCGCUGGAUGGCAGCUUGCUACUGCGCCUCUCCCAGCUAGUGGGUUCGCUGGAGCAAGACGCACGGCCAGGUUACCAAACACCAACAGAUCCAGUUGAAGCCGAGGAGUCACCACGAGCCCGUCAUGUUUCCAGUGCCCUGGCUGAGUUCAUGCAGUCCAAUCCGCCGCGCAGCCCUCAUCGUGAUGCCGCUGACGAUUUGGCCACCGUUACCCAGUUGACGGACAAGCCGACGGCGGAGCUUGGUCAUCGCCUGACCAAGCUGAUGGAGUCACUGGCUGAGGAAGCAGAGCUGGCACAUCGUCGCCAUGCACAGGCAGCUGCUGAGUGCAGGCAACUGAGAAAUGAGAUGGCGGCAGCGGACAGGAAAGAUGCUAUGGACAAGGCAGCCACCGAUGCAGAGCUUGAGCAGCUUCGGAACGAAAUCGCGGAAACGCAAGCUCUGGUCAUGUCGGAGCGGAACGACAAUUCUCAAUAUGUUAAUUCUAUAAAGCAAGCCCUUUCCACGGCUAAAGAGCAGUUGAAAGAACAAGCGCAAACAGUGGAAGAUCUGGAAGCGCAGAUUGACCGCUUGUCUUCCGCUAAGAAAGCCGCAGAGGACAGAGCGCCGAAACUGAAGGCGGAGCUGACCCAGGCUGAAGCUGAGAGACGACGACUGCAGGAAGAGGUGAAGUCUGCCAGGGCACGUGCUGACGAGGCUGAGCGUGUGCUGCAGGAAGAGCUAAGCGCCCAGCAGGCGUACCUCAACCAGCAGGACCAACGCACCAGAGAGAAGCUCCGUGUUACGGAGCAAGCUCUGAGCGAGGCUAAAGGUCGCCUAGUAUCCCAGCAGUCCUCUCUGGAUGAGCUCGGUGCACAGAUUGACCGUAUGGCGGCAGAGAAGGACACGCUAGAAGACCAACUAGCUGAACUACAGUCAGAUCUUCAUAAUGCUACUGAGCAGCUUGCAACUGCCCAGGAGCAACUGAAAGCGCAAACUCGAACAGCGGCAGAGCAUCGUGCUCAGCUGGAGAGGGCCCAAGCAGCAACGAGAAGCGCAAAGGAACAAGCUGCAGACCUUGAAGCUGAGCUUCAGAAUGCGAAGCAAGCUCUCGGCGCUGCUCAUCACCAGUUGAAAACUCACCAACGAACUGCAGACCAGUCAUUGUCCGCAGCUCAACGAAAGCUGGAUGUGCAAGCACAGGCUGUCGACGAGUACCGUGCUCAGAUUGCGCAGCUGAUGGCGGCGAAAGCAGCUGCAGAAGAUCAGGUAGCGCGCCUGGAGGCCGAGCUUGAGAGCACAAAGCAAGCCGUGGAUGCGGCUCAACAGCAGCUGACCGCCCAGUCACACACAGCAGACAAGUCCCUCGCCAGUGCCCAGCAGAAGCUGAGCACGCAGCAGCAGGCAGCCGACCGGCAGCGCGCUCAGAUCGACCGCUUGACCGCGGCGAAGAGAGACGCGGAGACUCAAGUGGCGAGAUCCGAGGCAGAGCUCCAGCAUCUCCGUGCACAGCUGGCGGGAACCGAAGCUCGACUGAAAGCAACUGAAGCAGAAAGAACUGCCACCCAUGUUCCACAGCAUGAUCUGUCAGCACUGUCCGACGCAGUUGCCGAGCAACAGCGUCUCAUCUCACGCCUCCAGCAGUUCCUACCACAGCAGGCCGCGGCGGCUGACUCUGCUGCUGCCAGCAGAUCGACGCAAACAGCCCGGUCUGGUGCCACCAGCACAGCGUCAGAGAAUGGACAUGCUCCGUACUCCGCUGGUCGCCUUGAUGACAUUCUACUGGAGUUGUCGCGACUGCGCCAGGCGUUGCAACAUCAGCAUGGCAUUCUGCAGGACAUUCAAAACUCUGACGAAGCUCCAUCUUCCUCUGAGUCACACAUACACAUUCACACCGUGUCACCACCGGUGGCUCGAUCUCGCCACCACCACCAGCAGCACCAGCAGCAGCAUGCCAGUGUGGGCCGAGACCACACCACCGUGCACGGCAGCACCCCGGGACUAUCAUCAUCGAUGUCGCCGUCUCACCCCCACGCCCGCCCCGUGUCCGCUGACAUCAUUGAGGACGAGACCGGACAUCACAUCUAUCUGUCUCCCCGCCAGCAGCGCUCGUCCCGUGUGCAUCGCGACGCUGCGGCCGCAGCCCCGCUCAGCACAUCGUCUCGUCCAACGCAGACUCCCAGUGCUUCCACGGCACUGACCGGGAAUGAGGGCACGACGUCGCACACUACACGCUCCAAUCGUGCUCCACACGCUGGAGCACACACAUCUGAUUGGCGUGGGGGUGUGCCGGCAGCUCAGACCACACAAACUCCUGGCUUCAUACCCAUGGCCACAUCCACAGGGUACUACGAAUAUAACCGAGCCACAUCGGGGGCCGGGGACUUUCCCCACUCGUCCAGCAGAGUCAACACAGCAAUGUCCACUGCCACCACCGCUGCCAGGCCGUCAUCCAGCUUAUCACAAUCCACUGUACCCAUCACUUCACGUGGAUCUACAACACCUCGCAGGCAACAACAACACAUCCACCACCAUCAUGCUUCCACAUCACCGGGGUCUGAUGCUGGCGGCGCUGCGCCACUGGACGGCACGUACUCUAGCUUAGCACCUCCACUGGCCACCAUGUCACAUCAUUACUCCCGAUCUGAGGACUUCACACCGUUGCACGGCGACUCCCGGUCGCGUUUGUUCGAUGUCAGCUACCGGCUUUCCGAUGGCUCGCAUGUUGGUGGCCCGCAGGCUUCUUCCACGACACGGCUUCACUUCAGUGAUGUGGCACCAGCAGCAACGCCAACGUCCGGAAGGUCUGGUGGCGAUACUCACGUUCACGUCCACGCCCCCGUGUACGGCAUGACUGCUCCAGCUCCUGCUCCCGGCGGUGCUGCUACUGUUGCCGGGACUCCUAGCAUGUACUCCAACAGCGGUGGCCGCACUGCUGCUGCUGCUUCUGGUGCUGCUGUACCACCUGCAGAGUAUGUACAUGUUGCUGGUCCGUUCUGCAACAUUGCUGAGCAUCAGAUACUGGAUGAACAAGUAUCACAGCUGCGCCAGAGCCUAGCACAAAGCAGACAGACGGCGAGUGAAACACGUGAGAGCCUAGCUCAAAGCAGACAGACGGCGCGUGAAACACGUGAACUGCUGCGCAGUACUGCAUCGGCAUCACAGUCCCUGAGUGAUUCUUCUGAGCUGCUUCUCUCACGUCGAAAGGAACUCGACCACGUCGAAGAGCAGCUAACCCAGGAGCAUGCCGAGCUGCAGCAGGCGCAGCAACUGACCAACAAAGCGAGAACCACGUACAAGGAGGUGACCGAGGCAUUGAAUGAAGCCCGCAGCAAGCGCCUGGAAGAAGAAAAACACCUGGCAGCGUGCAGACAGCAAGUGCGGCUAGUUGAGCAGGAGUCUGAAACAGUACGCGACCGGAUUGACCGUAUGGAGCGCGAUAACUCAGCAGCGGCUGCCGAGUCAUCGCGUCAUCAGCAGUCACUCAGCAGCACCAUGGCACAGGUGCGUGACACCGAGGCAAUGCUGGCACGGCGCCGCAGCGAAGAGGAGUCGCUGGAGAGGAGAGCGGCCGAGUUGCGCAAAGAAAUCCAAGAUUGUGAGGGCAAUCUUCCAACAGCGUUACAAAAUCACACAGCCGUGGUGCAGCGGACAGAACUGGCGCAGAGCACUCUGCAAAGUCUCCUGGAACGAUGUCGUGUUUCGGAGGAACAGCUAUCCGCCACGCGCCAGCGCUUGGCUGAGGAGACCGAGCGGUUGGAAUCUCUCCGAGACGAGCAAGCAGCUACACACAAAGUGCAGGCAGAUCUGCAGGUGCAAUGCGAAAAGCUACGCAAUAUGACGGAGGCCUUGCAAGGUGACCAGGCUCGACUCAACUUUGCUGCUAGCUCGUACGACAGCGAUGUCAUCCGAGAGCUGAAAGCGCGGCUAUCGAGCGUCACGGCUCUGUGCGAGCAAAGAGAGUCAGAGUUUGCCACCCUGCAGCAGCGUUACGCAUCACAGCGAGAGGAGAAGAGGCGAAUCAAGGACUCCCUGCGCAGUGAGCGGGCCAAGAGUCGUGGAUCUGAGACGCUACUUUCAUCGACCCAGGUGGCUCAGUCACCCCUAAACGUGGAUCAAGCCAAGCACCAGCGUGAACUCUUGCAGACCAAACUGGAUGCUCAGCUAGCUCAUCACGAGGAUGCACUUCGCAAUGAGCAGAUGAGAACGGAAGGCUCCAUUGGUGUGCUCAAUAGCCAAGUAUCAUCCCUUGAGCGGAGUAUGCAGCAUCAACACAGUCUGGAGUCUGCACUGGCCAAGGAGACACCUGCCACACUGGCGUCAGCAUCAGUGAUCCGAAAUGGAGCAGCUCACCCACCAGGCAUCAAGACUUCAUCCACUCCAGCGUUUUCUGCGAAUAGCUCUAUGCCUCUGCUCUCUUCAGUGACAGGCACUGACCGGACGAGGAUGUCUUCUCAAGUCUCUGGACGCUCGGCAGCCACAGCAGCAGCAGCUUUUCAAGCGCCACUCUCCGCUACUCACCUGUCCUCUAGUAGCCGGAGGGCAGCGUCUCCAGUGAAUGUCCACCGCACCGCCACCGACAUGGCAUCUCCAGUCAGGUUCACGUCACGCCUGAGCCGGGCCAAGGGAGAGUACGAGAAUCUCCACGGACAGCUCAAGACCAAGUCUACGACUCCCGUCAGUGCCGCCAUCUCUACCCCUUCCAGGGCGGGAGGCCAUCCGCCGUUUUCAGCGACAUAUUCAGGCUCGGCAAGUGCCUCUUCUUAUCGAUCACAGUCUAGCAAUCGCAGCCAAGCACAUCCUACUGCUGCUGUUGCUGCCACAGCCAGUGACCCUAUUUCUGUUCCCUCGGCUGCUGCUGCUGCUGGUGUUACCACUACCAGGAGCAGCACUGCUCAUCUACCUAGAAGCAUCUCACGCGAUCUCUCUAGCCCGUUAGACUAUUCAAAUCUUGCACUGUGACCCUUCGAUGGCUACCCGGAUGAGUUUCAUCACUGGGUGCGAAUAACAGAUGCGAUUCUAGAAGCAGCAUGAAGAAUGUCAUUCCUAUUGUGACAUUGUAGGUUUAUGAAAUCAGAAUCAGAAUAUUCCCGUUAUCUUCUUAUUCCCGUUAUCUUCUUAUUCCCCUUGUUCCGCGUUAUAGCCGUGGCUUGUGACGGUGGGCGUAUGGUGACUAAUAUCUCUUUCCUCCCUAUUCGUGCGGCCAUGACAGCGUAGUCUGCAUAGUCUAGCUACAGACUACAGCACAUGUACAUGGAAUGAUGUGUCUAUUCGCAGCUCUCACCCUCACCCAUGUCAUACAGUGUAGCACCGCCCUUACCAGCUCCUGCUAGGAAUCCCAAACCUUCAUAGACUCUUGCUCCCGCGCUAUUAUAGCUUCCGCCCGGAAUUCCAAUAGUUUCAUUAGCUACUUUGCCCAGAUCCCUCGUCCUAGAUCCUAGCAGCGAUUGAGUUCAAAUUUCACGCGAAUUUCCCUUUUUUCGGUUUCCACCCACUAUAUUCUUGAGUAGCCAAACAGAUCUGCUGUCCAAUUUUCUCAAAGAGCAGCAUUUUUUUUCAAAUAAAUUAUGCUAUUUUGGAUUCUAAAAUGAAUAUCACAACCACGGAGGAUAGCGGCACACUGUACCUAGCUGCUUGCAGUAUGUCAUUUGUUUGCUCA